UAGUAUGCUGUAUGACACAACAUAUUCUGAUCACUGUUUUAUGUUGUUUCCACCUGCAUUAGCAGGCGAGGUUGCUGCUUCAAAUGAUCAAGACACUAAAGCAAGACCAUGUGAGCCAGAAUUUCACUCAUCUCAAUCACGUAAACAAGUACAUGAGGAAUCAGCUGUUUACAAUCAAGUUUCUCUUCCAUUAUUUAAAAGUGAAACAUCCAAACCUUUUGAAAGCCCAGGAGGAGGUUAUCUUUCUAGUCAUCCCACUCAAAGUAAAGUCAGAGAAUUAUCCAAUGAAAACUCCAGUGCUAAGAACAAUUCUAACUCAGCAUGUUUUUGCAGAAAGGCAUUAGAUGUCAUGAAAGAUGGUAAAGUUACAGUUUUAAACACAGAAAAAUUUUCUAGUGCCACUACUGCUGAAGAGUCUUUAAAAAUAUUGCCUUCUGGUUCUAAGUGUAAGGCAAGACAUCCCUCUGCCAAGGCAAUGAAGCAAAUGGAUAUAGGUGUGUAUUUUGGACUGCCACCCAAGAGAAAAGAUGAGAAAUUGCUGGGAGAACAUGCAUUAGAAGGGAUAAAGUUAAAUCCAGUUGUUAGUCCUAAUGAAAAGGGGUCCCGGCAGCGCAAGAGGAAAGCAGAAAGCUCUUUAAGUGAUUUGGAAUUUGAUGGAAAGAAUUUAAAUGAAAGUCAGCUCUCUGUGGAACUUUCUAGUGGGAGAUCUCAGCGCAAAAGAAAGAGACUUAAAAAGUCAAAAUCAGUGCAGGACGGAACACAUCAGAAUAGGUCAGAUCAACGUAUUAAUAGUACAGAAGUUGAAACAGUUCAUUUAAGUAAAGAUGAAGUCUUCAUAAAAUCAGCUCAUGGCAGGCUACCAAGAGGGCCUGUGAAAACCUCAGCAUUAUCAAAUGCAGGAGAAUUUAGAAAAAGGACAUGUCCAUUUUAUAAGAAGAUACCUGGGACUGGCUUUACAGUUGAUGCCUUCCAGUAUGGCAUGGUUGAAGGUUGCACGGCCUAUUUCCUCACACAUUUUCAUUCUGAUCAUUAUGCUGGAUUGUCUAAAAACUUCACAUGUCCAGUUUACUGUAGUGAGAUAACUGGCAAUUUGUUGAAGAACAAGCUUCAUAUGCAGGAACAAUAUAUUCAUCCACUGCCAAUGGACACUGAAUGUGUAGUGAAUGGUAUCAGAGUUGUUUUGCUUGAUGCCAAUCACUGUCCAGGUGCCGUCAUGAUCCUUUUUUAUCUUCCUAAUGGUACUGUCACAUUACACACCGGAGACUUCAGAGCAGAUCCCAGCAUGGAACGAUCUCUUCUCACAGGCCAGAAAGUCCACACGCUGUACUUAGAUACAACGUACUGCAGCCCAGAAUACACCUUUCCAUCUCAGCAAGAGGUUAUCCAGUCUGCCAUCAACACUGCCUUUGAGGCCGUAACUCUAAACCCACGUUCUCUUGUUGUCUGUGGCACUUACUCUAUUGGAAAAGAGAAAGUCUUCCUAGCUAUUGCUGAUGUUUUAGGUUCAAAAGUGGGCAUGUCCCAAGAGAAAUAUAAAACCUUACAGUGCCUUAAUAUACCAGAAAUUAAUUCCCUCAUCACUACAGACAUGUGCAGCUCACUGGUUCACCUUCUUCCAAUGAUGCAAAUUAAUUUUAAGGGCUUACAGAGUCAUUUGAAGAAGUUUGGUGGAAAAUAUGAUCAAAUUUUGGCUUUCCGACCUACAGGAUGGACACACUCUAGCAAGUUAUCUAGGAUAACAGAUGUUAUUCCUCAGACCAGAGGAAACAUUUCAAUAUACGGAAUUCCUUAUAGUGAACACAGCAGCUACCUAGAAAUGAAACGUUUUGUCCAGUGGCUGAAGCCUCAGAAAAUCAUACCCACUGUAAAUGUUGGUACCUGGAAAUCUCGACAAACGAUGGAGAAAUACUUUAAAGAGUGGAAACUGGAAGCUGGAUAUUGAUGAUACCUCAGAGAACUGAGAAGUAAAGUGUCUGAAGUGGAGCUUGCAGUUAAAUCUCUAGUGAUAUGAAAUACAUUUUAUGUGAAAAACCUCUGAAGAGCGCCCAUAUAGCUUAUGUUUUCAUUUAGGUUUGAAUAGCCUGUUCAUGGUGCAGCGCCUCUCGGCAUUACUGGAGGUAACUGAGACUCCCUAGUACCCUUCAUUUUUCCUCUCCCUCCCAUGGAGGCUGUUAAGUUCUGCAGUAAGCCUUAGAAGAGGGAGCAAUCACAGGUUCAGGGAUCAAACGGAUUCAUGGUCAUGGAUAAACUAGAUUGAAAGCAUUUGUAAUUAUGUAUCUUUAAAAUCGUAAGAUUUUUAUACAAUAUGUAUACUUAAAUAAAAAGUUAAA